AAAGAGAGAAGUGGUAAAACCUGAAUCGGAGUGGGAUUACAGGUGUGGCUCAGGUAGACGAUCUACCAUAAGACUUCUCAACGCCGUACAGUUAUCCCAAUAGCAUAUUUUAAAUAUAUUUGUGUUUUAUGCUGCUUACAAUGUGUGCUUACUUAAGUUAAAAUUUUUGUGUUUAUACAUCAAUCUUUUCAAUAAAUUUUUUUAAUUAUUUUCAUAAUUUUAAUAUGCUCAAAUAGAUGAACAUACUAAAGUUGAAAUUAAAUCAAGACAAUAAUUUUUUAAUGAUAACACUUCUUAAUUCUACAAAUUCAUAAUUUAUAGAAUGAUAAUCAAACAAAAGGAAAACGAUUGAAGUUUUUUGAAUAAAUUCAUCUAUUUUUUUUUUUAAAUGUGUCUAGUGAAAAUUUAAACAUGCAGUAACUUUCAUUUUUUUUUUAGUUAGAAAAAUAUUUGAUUAUAGUAAGAUAUUUUGAUUAAUAUGAUAUUUUGAUGAUUCAAUUGCAAGAUGAAAAUGAAAAUCCUGUGGUCACUUAUGAGUCUCAUCACUCUGUGCCGAAUGGAAGAUUUUCCGGAUUGUAAUCAUGAUAAUUGGCAUAGUUUGGAAACAACGGAAUCAGCGCGUCUUGAAUGUGGACCUGAAUUUAAAAAUCUGUGCUAUUGCUCAAGAAUUUGCUAUGAAGGAAAACACCAAUAUGUUGUAAACUGUACAGAUACUAAAUUUACAAGUACUUUACCACUUGAAAAUCUUCCAAAUAAAACUCAAGUACUUAUUUUUACGGGAAAUAUAUUGCAAAAACUGCCAUGGAAUAUUUUUGGGACUUUAGAUCGUAUUCCAAGUCUUCGAGUGAUUGACAUGUCAAAUAAUAAAAUUCGUGAAAUCAGUGGAAAAGCUUAUCAUCAUGUGAAGAAUGUUCAACGGUUAUCCUUAGAUUUUAAUGAACUAUCUUUGGAUACUCAAAGUAAUCAUCCGCGAGUUUUUUCAAAUUUCAUAUCUUUACUUGAAUUACAUCUUACGGAUGCUUUUGAGGAUGGACAGCCUAGGGAUAUUGCUGAAACUCUUCAUGAAAUUUUUUUCAACAGUCAUUUAGAUCAAUUGAUUAAGCUGCACUUGGAACAAAAUGAAAUUUCAGACUUUAAAGAUUCAAAUGUUUUUUGCAAUCUUCCUAAUUUAUUGGAUCUACAUUUAGGAGAUAAUGAUCUCAACGCACUGAACUUCAACUUAUCAUGUCUUCACAAGCUUAGAUUUUUAGAUCUUCAACACAAUAAUUUCACAAAAAUUUUAGAACAAGACUUGAAAACUUUAGAUACGUUUGCGAAGCAUAAUCAGUCUGUUACAAUUGAUUUAUCAAAUAAUCCAUUUGACUGUUCUUGCGAACUUAAUCCAUUCAUAAAAUGGAUGAAAAAAACUAAAAUUUUUGUAAGGAAUAAAAAUCUUCUCAAGUGCAAUGAUAAUGGACAUAACAAUAAGAAAGAUUUACAAGAAAAAAAAAAUUGUGUUUCAAGAGUCAGCAUGUUAUCUCCGCCAUCUGGAUCUACUAUUGCCAUUACGAUGCUUUCCUUGAUUCUUGUAGGAUUAAUUUGUACUCUAGUCUACCUUCAACGUGAAGAUUUAAACAAAAAAAUUAUUCCUGUUAUUGAUUCGGUAAAUAAACGCGUGCGAUACACAUCUAUUUUAACAGUUGACGCUCGUGAAAAUGAUGUAUAAAUUCAUAAUACCAUGAAUGUCUGAAAGAAGAGUGAAUUUGAUUAUUUACUAUAUCUUUUUUUUUUUAUAAUUUAUAAUUGCCAUACUACUUUUAUUUUAUACUUUAUUAUGAAGAUUGUAGAAAAUUAAGAGUUGAAGCUCAUAUUUAUUCAUAGUAUUCUAAUUACAAUAUGAUUGUAUGAAAAGGCAGCAAUAUGUAUUUAUAAAGUUUUGAAAUAGUUAUACAAAUAAAUUUUGUACAAAAAAUUUGUUAUACAAUAAGAAAAUUGAUCAAAAA